AUGAUCCUGUUGUCUGAUUCCUACUCAAUCGUAGUAGGCAUCUUUGUGCUGGCAAUCGUUCACUUCACUCAAGCUUUUGGAGUGAUCCAGUUCAUUGUCACAUCUCCAGAAGCUAUCCAUCUGGAAGUGACCGCUUGCGUCCAGUUCGAGUGUUCGAGUCAUGAUGAAUUGAGCGAGAUUCGUGAAAUUCCUGCAGGAGGUAUUCCAUUUCAUUUCCACACUGGUGACUACAAAGGAUCCGCUCGAAAUCGCCUCGACUUGCAUUUCAGGGUGGUUGAUCCACAGACACAAGAAGAAAUCGCGAUGAGCAGUCAUAAUCCGGAGCUCGAUACCGAAUGGAACAAAAUUCCGAUAAUCAUUGAGACGUCGCGUGGGUUCAAAAUCGUUGCUCAGUUGAGAAACAAGUGUCAAAAAGAUUACUAUGGUAAGCUAUGUGAUCGACUGUGCUUGAUAUCGCCAAAAAGUCAUUGGAUGUGUGAUAAGGAUGGAAAUCGCAUCUGCGAAGACGGCUGGGGAAGUUUAGAUUGCAGCAGACCCGAAUGCGAUAGCGGAUGCAAUCAACGAGGAAUAUGUGUGCGUCCAAAUGAAUGUAGAUGUGUCAGAGGAUUCCAUGGAAAUCAAUGCGAGACAUGCAUCCCAACUCAAGGCUGUGUAAAUGGAAACUGUAUCAACAAUAUUCCGAACACCUGCGAAUGCCGAAAAGGAUUUCAUGGUCGUUUCUGUGAACUAGAUGACAGUGCAGUUUGUGAACUCCAGAGACCAUGUGAAAACGGCGGACGUUGCGUUAAUGCUCCAUACUCGGCACUUGGUUACACGUGUGAUUGCUCUCACGACUACACAGGAUCCAGAUGCCAGACGGCGUUGAGCAGUAUGCAUUGCUCUAGGAAGGAUAUCUGCAAAAACAACGGAGUCUGUGAGACAGUCGGCACCAAAACCAUCAGAUGCAACUGUCGUGAUGGGUACACUGGAACAUUUUGUGAAAUCAAGAUGUUGAUGGAUUGUUUCACUGCAAAGUGCCCAGCAAACGCUGAGUGUCAUAUGAAUGGAAAUGUUCCAGUCUGCGUGGAAGUUGGAAUAAAACCCGAAAUAACGCUUCCUGAAAGAGCUGAAAGAGUAUUCUCUGUCGAUGAGGCUUUGAUGAAAGAAAAGAUGCAUAUCGUGCAGGAAACACAGAACUCGAAAACGACCGUAGAAACAAUAUGUGUGAUUCUAUUGAGUAUCAUACUCAUCUACUUCAUCUACAAGUACCGUGAGAAUAUUCUCACAAUAAUCCAAACAUAUCGAAACCUCACUCAUCUGGAUCCACUCCUAGUGGCAUAUUCCUCGGCUCAAAAUCGUGUUCAGAUUGGAGAUCAGCCUCAACCAGAAAUGUCUUCCGACUCGUCAGAUAAUGAAGAUGAUCACGUGUCUUCUUCCUGUGAGCCCAGCCAGGGAUCUUCUAAGCGACCAUGUACUCCUCCACCAUCCUACUUGUCUUUGGAUCUGCCAGGAACAAGCUAUGUCUGA